AUGUUAUUACCAUCCGCCUUCGCCUGUAGCGAUUCUUCGCAACCACAUCCACAACAGUCUCGAAAUCGCAAUCUCCUAUUCGCAUCACCACCUCUUUCACCCACUCUUUCACCAUCUUCUACACCUACCAUCAGCAAUUUGUUCCAAUCAUGUCGCGCUCUACAAUCCAUGCUCACAACUCCAACACAAUUACCUUCGCCACCCAAAGUUCACGCAGAUAUACCCUCAUCACUUCCUACAAUUAGCAACUCGCCUGCAAAACUAAGAUUGCGCAUACCAUCCACAGCAAAGAAAGUCGGCCCAGAAGUCGCUGAUAGGAAACGUAUUACGAAGCGAGCGCAAAGAGAAGCUCCACGAGGAAUUAAUAAGAGGAGGAGAGCGAUGGAUGAUGAUAUGAUUUGUGAGGAUAUGGGUGAUGUUUCGGAACAGGAACAUGAGGAUACAGAAUCCCAAGCUCCCCGUACACCGAAACGUAGGCGGAGAAUUGCACCCGAGGUGUUACCUUUGGGCUUGGAGAGAAGCGAUUUCCAUACUCUACGCCUGGCCGAAAUGGAGAAACCUGAUGAUGGGAGUGCAUUUGUCUUUAGUGCGGGGGGUAUUUCACAGCGUGUUGAGAGUGGAGCACAGGGAUACGAGGAGGAGGAAAAAGAUGGAGAUGAUUGGUCAACGGAGGAAGAUAGAAUGUUAGUGGAGUUAGUAUUGGGAAAGCUCAAGUUGAGUAAAAGUGAUUGGCAAGAUUGCGCGAGGAGUUUAGGGAAGGAUAGAGGAAGUGUAGGGAAGAGAUGGAAGAGUCUAAUGGGUGCUGGAGAAGUGGGAUUGAAGGGAAGGAGAAGGACAAGGACGAGGUUACAUUCUACUUGGAGAUGA